GUUUGGAGCUGGAGACGGCCUGGGUGCUGGCGAAGUGGCUGUCCGAGGUUCGCGACUCUUCCUCACCCCUUACUCCUCUCGGCGCUGGAGGAGGUGGGAGCUAGGUGUGUUCACCUACGCCCGUGGCCGCCCUUGGACGGAGUCCGGCAGCAUCGCGGAAGGCGCAAGAAGAGUCCUAGGAUGCCUGUGGUAGCACGGAGACUGAGAGAUCCUGACAUAAAUCCUUGCUUGUUGGAAUCAGAUGCUUCUACCAGAUGUAUGGAUGAAAAUAACUAUGACAGAGAACGGUGUUCUGCUUACUUCUUGAAGUACAAAAACUGCCGAAAAUUUUGGAAUUCUGUCAUGCUCCAGAGAAGACAGAAUGGAGUGAAGCCACCUAUGCCUACAGCAGUGGAAAGAAGCGAAAUUUUGGGAGCAAUGGGAAAGAUGCCCUACUGAAUGUUUGCAUUGAAAUUGUUUAUAUAAUUUAAAAGAACAUGAAUAUUUUAAUAAAUAAUUAAUGUAAUCUAAGACCUUAGCAUAAACUUUUCAGGGGGAGACAAAGUUAGCCUGUGGCUUUUAUGUUUGUUCUCAGUACCAUAAUGGUAAUAUGCUUCUGCUGACUGUGCUGUGCUACUCAGUUUACAUUACUUCCUGGAGGUAAGGGAGUGUUUGACAGGCUACAUGAAGAGUUGAGCUGAGUGUUAUAGGCUACAUGAAGGGCUGAGCUUUUCUGCUGGGUUUCAAAAGAAAAGGAAGAUAUGAACAAGUAACAAACUUAUUAGAGAUGAGAGGAAGGCUUUGUUUCCAAAAAUGGGGGAAUGUUGUAAACAACGAUGGGAUGGAAGGAAAGUGUGAACCAGAUGUGGACUUAGCCUGUAGACUUUUCCUCCCAAGUUCUAAGUGUGUGGAGGAGUGAUAGGGAUUUGGGAAGGUAAAUCCCAGACUAAAAAAAAAAAAAAAAAAUCCCAGACUCAUUUCUAAACUUUCCAUUACUAUUCAGCUUUUUAGUUCCAAUAAGGUUAGUACAUUAACUACUCAGGAAAUCUAGUAAUGUUAUCUUAAGUAAGUAUUCUGCAAAAGAGCUGGUGUUCUUUAAGGAAAAGUUUAAAGGAACCUAUGACUGAAAUUCAGAGAUACUAGAUAACAACUCAGUUCUUAAACCAUAGUAGUAAGAAAGAAAGUGAUUCUCUUACAAGUAGUAUUGAUUUUAUCUGCAAGAUACCAAAUUAGGGUGUGGUGAACUCAAUCCUGACAUGAGAGUAGAACUUCAUUUUAUGAUACAAAAAGAAUACUCAUUACAGUGACAGGGAAUAUUGUGUAGCAGUUCUCAUACUGCCAUUUUAAGUUGUUUCAUGUACAGAAUAGUUUUAUAGAAGAUAUUAUUUAGUAAAAUUUAACAUAUACUUAUAAUGAAAAUGAGUAACUUGUAUACCUUCCUUAAUCUGAUCAUCUAUCAAGAAUAUUUUUCCAGGGCCCUCCCUGGUGGUGCAAUGUGUUAAAGCACAGAACUGUGAAGCUAGCCACAGCCAC